CCCACCCCCAGCCCCACACCCCCACCCCUCCCAAAAAAGGGUUUGCCCUAACUUCUCACCCCUGCGGCGGUGCGGCCCUGCCACCGACCCGUGCGGCGGUCGCGGUCCCUUCCCCUCCCCCUCUUCCCUUCCGGUUGCUCGCCGAACGCAAUCGGAAGCCCUCCUCUUCAGAAAUCGAAGAUCGAGUUCUUCACUCUUCAGAAAUCGAAACCCUCCUCGUCGCCUCUUCCUCUUCCGCUUCCGCUAUCCAACGAUAUAUAGAUCAGUAAUAAGUGAGAAAUGAGGAAGUUGAAGUUUCAUGAGAAGAAGCUCCUGAAGAAGUUAAAUUUUAUAGAAUAUAAAAGAGAAGGAGGCCACAGGGAAGCUCUAGUCACACGCCGCUACCUCCUUACCGAAAGAGAUGACUACAAGAAGUAUUCAAGUAUUUGUAGGAUGGUACAAAAGCUUGUGAAUCUCUUGAAGCAAAUGGAUCCAAGAGAUCCUUACCGUAUAGAGAUGACAGAUAUGUUACUGGAAAAGCUUUACAAUAUGGGCGUAAUUUCAACCAAAAAGAGCUUGGCAAAGUGCGAUAAGCUGUCAGUAAGCUCAUUUUGUAGACGAAGGUUGGCAUCAGUUCUGGUGAACCUGAAGUUUUGCGAGCAUUUGAAGGAAGCUGUGAUGUACAUCGAGCAGGGGCACGUGCGAGUUGGGCCAGAGACGGUGACCGAUCCAGCAUUCCUCGUGACAAGGAACAUGGAGGACUUUGUCACGUGGGUGGACUCUUCAAAGAUCAAGCGGAAGGUGCUGCAGUACAAUGAACAGCUGGAUGAUUAUGACGCAAUGAUGUGAGGUCUUGAAAUAUUUCUUGCGUUUUCUUCUCAUUUUGUUACUGUUACGUAACUCAGCGACGAUCCCGAUGAGAUUUUAGUGGAGGCCUCAGGCAUCAUUCGAUAACUUGAUUUUGUUUUAAGGUGAGACUUUUCUAGGGUUUGCUCGUAUCUCAUGACGCAGAUUGAUACGAAAAGCAAAGCAAAGAUUUCGUGCUCCCAAUGAGUACUUCAUAUGCUUCAUGGAUCGUUAUUCGAUCUGAUUAUUCUGCGAAAAAGAGGAGCUUCGAAUGGGGAGCACCUCAUGUGUCGGAAGAAGUAUCAGUGUUGAUUUCAAUACGAAUUGAUGACGCUGACUCCCACACUUGUGGAUGACUCUGGCGAAUGUUUGACUUGGUUUUAUUUGUAAUAUUUAGGAUAUACGUGGUCUUGUUGAUCAACCGUUUGUUGUGAAC